AUGAGCAUCGGGGCAACACAAAAAGAGCAGAGCCCAACAAAUCCAACCUCAAAUAUGGGCACCUCAAACCAAUCAAAAGCCAAGACACAAAUAUCAAUCGGGACAGAAUCUAAAGUCCCAGAAGAAUAUUACAGACCAGAUGAAACGCCACUGUUCAAGAAAUUGCAAAAGAAUCGUUUGACAAAGACGCGCACGAAACAGCUUCUCCGUGCUGCGGAGAGAGGGUUUAAUGAUCCGCCACCGCCGCCUGGAUUGGGGGAUUGCUGUGGGAGUUCAUGUGACCCUUGUGUGAGGGAUCUUUGGAAAGAGGAGAUUGGGAUUUGGAGGGAGAGGUGGGGUGAGUGGGCAGAGGAGAAGGGAAGCGAGGCGAAGGAGAAGGAGAAAGUGGAAGAGUCGAAUGGGAAGAAAGAGGUACAGAAUCGAGGGAAAGUGACUAGUAAGGGGGUUAAAAAGACUUUACAGAAGGAGUUGGAGUGGUAA